CUGGCGCACAGCUUGCAUAUUGCGUUACUAUGAUUCGGAAGCGUGUUGCGUAUAUUGCGAAAGUAAAAGGUUUCAGUCGUGAAGUGAAAAUUGUAAUUAAGUGAUCGGCAUAUCUAACAGUUUUCAGAAAGAUGUCAAACGGUUUUUCAGACCGAUUAGGAUAAAAGACUUCAGGGUUCUGAAAAAUGGUGCACAUGUGUUUUUUCUUCAACAUUUAUUUGAAUAGGCAUCGGUUUGGUGUUUUUUAAGAAUCACCAGGACUUGAAUGAAGCACUCAAAAAGAAGGGCGACAUAGGUGGAAGGGCAGUCAAGAUUGAGGAACACAUCCAAGAAGAGAAUGAAACGUCUUAUGUACAAGAACCUGAUCUACCUAAGUGGUUAGUUAAGACAAGUGACGAAAUAGUAUCUGCAAUAUUAGAGACCGGCCGGUUAUUUGUCCGUAAUCUGUCUUAUGCCUGCACUGAACAAGACCUUGAAAAGUUAUUUUCUGUUCAUGGAUCCCUAUCAGACAUUCACUUAGCUUUCGACCAUUGGUCUCAAGUGUCCAAGGGGUUUGCGUUCAUCACUUUCCUGUUCCCAUCUGACGCUGUGAAAGCCUACAAAUCACUAGAUAAAACAAAGUUUAUGGACAGGCUAAUUCACAUCCUCCCUGGUCAAGAAAACACAGAACCUAAGGACUCAUUUAGAAAGCCUCUAAACAAUUUUUAUAGAAAUGAGAAUUUCGCUGAUCCACCAAAGAUGCUUCUAUCAAGCUUUCAAAACGAUCGAUUUCAAGAAUUGAAAAAGGAUUCAAGCAUUGGACAUAAUUGGAAUGCUUUAUUUAUUCGUCCAGAUGCUGUUGCUACAUAUUUAGCUGCGAAAUUCGGUUUGACUAUGGAACAAGUUUUAGAUCCAUCAGGAAAUAAGUCAGUUGCUGUACGAUUGGCACAUGGUGAGACACAGUUAGUUGCUGAAAUGAAAGAAUUUUUAAAAACUCAUGGUGUACGAUUGGAAGCUUUCGAAAAGCACAAUGAUGAGACUGAGGUGAAAGAAACAGAAGAUAAUUCCGUUGUUGUUCACGAAACAUCAGGUCAACGUAGUCGUUUAGAAUCAAAGUCAAGAUCAACUAUUCGUCAAUUAUCAGGAACUGCAUUUUUAAUAAAAAAUCUACCAGCUGGAACAACUGAGUUUGAAGUUCGAGAUUUGCUUAAACGGUAUACAAAAAGCUCUGUAACUGUUGAUGCUAACACUCCUUCAAUUCGUUCCGGAUUAAAACGUGUUCUAGUACCCCCUUUAGGCAUUACUGCUAUUGUAGAAUAUGCCCAUUCUCAACAAGCUCGGUUGAUGUACAAAGCACUUGCAUAUGAACCGUUUAGAGAUAGUGUUCUGUUUCUACAGUGGUUACCAGAUGGGGCUCUGAAAUCAUCCACUCCUGAUGAUAAUGAAUAUGAGGAAAUAAAAUCCGAAGAAGCUUCCACACAUAAGCCGAAAAGGACGAAACACGAGAAAUCAUCUGUUGAUAAGGUUAAAAAAAUUGAGCAAUCUGACGAUGAAUUUGAACUGAUCACAUCCAUUCCAACUGGUAAACGCAAGUUCAGAGAUGAUCAUGAUGAUGAAGAUACAGUAGCAGUUAUGGAUCACUCAUCUCAUCAUGACAAUGAAAACAUUUCAUAUCAAAUAUCAAAAUCUCAACGAGUUAAAAAAUAUUUAAAUAAAAAACAAAAGAUUGAACAAAUAGCUAACAAUAAAUCAAGUGAAUUGGAACUAAUCGACAAAUUUAUGGGACAUAAAAGUAAAAAAGUAAAAUUCACUAACGAUGUUAACGUUGAAUGUGUCAAUCAACUACACUCAAAUAAUGAAAAUAGGAUAAAUAAAUGUGAUACUACUACUAAUAUUAACGAACAACACAAAGAGGAAAUUAAUAUUAAAAAAUCAAUACCAUCAAAACAGUUGAAAAAGAAUAAAAUUUUAAUUGUACGUAAUAUUCCAUUUCAAGCUACACAAAAAGAAUUGAUUGAGUUAUUUCAACCUAUUGGUGGUCUUGUCAAUGUUCGAUUACCGAAAAAACCAACUAGCGGACAUCGUGGAUUUGCAUUCGUUGAAUUCGACACAAUGGACAAAGCAAAAAUUGCAUUGGAGACAUUGGGCGUAGCUACGCAUUUAUUAGGUCGUCGUUUACUCAUGGAAUAUGCACAAACGUAAAAAUUAUUGCAACAUGUAAUGGAAUUUCUGUUUUUGUAAAUAAUAAUUCAUUCAAAUGAACUUAUUUGUCGGUUACAGAACGUUUAUUAAAGCAGAAAUACGGUUUUGCUUUUCUCGUUUGUUUAUUUUACUGUAACUUGGUGUAAUGUAUAAUGUAUGCGGAUGAGUUUAAAUGUGAAAAUACUUCAAAAUAACAGUUUCUAAUAGUAAUCACUGUAUUUAGAUCAACAACAAGUUUAUAAAUCGUGUUUAACUCAUUAUUUUGUUACCUACUGUAUAUAUACUGUAAAUAAAUACGCAAUUUAGUUUGUACGUGAAAAAUAACCAUACUUUACAUAAAAAAUCUUAAAAAUUUCUACCUCAUAUCUGAUAAACAAAUAAAUGGACAUGUAAACUCUUGGAA